AUGGCGUUGGUCUUGCAUACAUACAAGGGAAACAAAGGUGCCUAUAAGGCACUCAUUGCCGCCGAGUAUGCGGGUGUUAAGAUCGAGCAGCCUGAAAACUUUCAGAUGGGCGUCACUAACAAAUCUUCAGAGUUCCUCAAGAUGAACCCCAUUGGAAAGGUUCCCGUGCUUGAGACUCCUGAAGGUUCCGUAUUUGAGAGCAAUGCAAUUGCACGAUACGUGAGCCGCUUGAAUGUUGAAAACUCUUUGAAUGGAUUUUCCCUCAUUGAUAAUGCUCACAUUGAGCAAUGGAUUGAUUUUUCCACGUUGGAGAUUGAUACUCACAUGUUGAGGUGGUUCGCUCCAAGAAUGGGCUUCGCUCCGUUCUCUGCUCCAGCUGAGGAAGCGGCAAUUGCUGCACUGAAGAGAGGGCUUGAUGCUCUGAACACACACCUCGCCUCCAACACUUACCUUGUUGGACACGCCGUUACACUCGCUGAUAUUGUUACCGUGUGCAACUUGAACUUGGGGUUUGCCACCGUGAUGACCAAGAGCUUUACCUCUGCAUUCCCUCAUGUUGAGAGAUACUUCUGGACGAUGGUUAACCAACCAAACUUCAAGAAGGUUAUUGGUGAUGCCAAACAGACCGAAGCUGUUCCUCCAAUUCCUUCUAAGAAAGCUGCACAGCCUGCAAAGCCCAAGGAGGAGCCUAAGAAAGCUGCUCCAGUAGCAGAGGCACCAAAGCUCGCUGAAGAAGAAGAAGCACCAAAGCCCAAAGCCAAGAACCCUCUUGAUUUGCUACCCCCAAGCCCAAUGGUUCUCGAUGACUGGAAGAGGCUGUACUCUAACACCAAAUCCAACUUCCGUGAAGUUGCUAUUAAAGGAUUCUGGGACAUGUACGACCCAGAAGGAUACUCACUAUGGUUCUGUGACUACAAGUACAACGACGAGAACAUGGUUUCGUUCGUGACACUCAACAAGGUUGGUGGGUUCCUCCAGCGAAUGGACUUGGCACGUAAAUACUCAUUCGGAAAGAUGCUGAUUAUCGGGUCAGAGGGUCCCUUCAAGGUGAAAGGUUUGUGGCUGUUCCGUGGACCAGAGAUCCCAAAGUUCAUAAUGGACGAAGUUUACGACAUGGAGCUGUAUGAGUGGACCAAGGUUGAUAUCUCUGUCGAAGCACAGAAAGAGCGAGUGAGCCAGAUGAUUGAAGACGCCGAGCCAUUUGAAGGUGAGGCUCUCUUGGACGCUAAAUGCUUCAAGUGA